CAACUACAUAAUGACUUCAGCAAGUUCAUCGGUGUGACAGCCUGAAAACCCAAUUGUUCGCGCACUACUUCAAUUUGUUCCAUUAUACUAUAUGUAUACCGAUGAUACCGUGACAAUCUCCAUCCCCGUUUGUGCCGAUUGCUUCAAAGGAACCCUCCGCGGCGACGUCAUCCCCAGCGGCCACGAGGAUGUCAUCCACGGACUUCCCACAUACAUCGCGACCCCGAAGUGGAAGCCCUGGGUAAAACCGCUAGGCACGGUAGUCCUCACCACCAAUGCCUUUGGGUGGUCCCUCCGCAACACACGCGCCCUCGCCGAUUCAUAUGCCCGGCGUGUUUCCUGCAUUUUGUAUGUUCCUGACUGCAUGGACGGCAAAGCUAUCCCCCUCUCGCUCAUGGCCUCGUUCGAGUCCAAACCCAUUCCAAUUCUCCCUGGAUCUUCCGUAUCCUGUGUCGGUCCUAGAACAUUAUCACGGCCGUCCCCUUUUGCCUCUUCUGGCUUUACUGCACCCGUCCUUCCGUUAGUUGGCCGCGUGUGCGAUCCUUCCUGGCUGCUGUGCGAAAGACAUCGGCGGCGAAUGGUGAACCUCCGAAAGUCGGCGUUGCUGGGUUUUGCUGGGGUGGGCUCUAUGCUGUCGGCCUCACCAAUACUCAGAAUCCCGACAACUGGGUGUCUCUACGUGAUGGAAAAAAGGUCUCGCUGAUUGACUGCGCCUUCACUGCCCAUCCGUCGAUGCUCAAGUUGCCGAGGCAUAUCCAUGAGGUGCAGCUGCCGCUCAGCUUGGCGAACGGGGAGAACGAUUCGUUCAUGGGACAGGAGAAGAUGAAGGAGGUGAUGAACAUUCUAAGAGACAAGAAGAAAGCGCCAGUGAAGGGGGCGGAGGGGGCGGAUAGGCCGAUUAUACCGAAUGCGCAUGAGGCUCUGGUGUCUCCGGGAGCCAAGCAUGGGUUCGCUGUGAGAGGAGAUCGGGAGGACCCGUUGCAGAAGGAGAGGGGAGAUCAGUCUGAGGGUCAGGCUGUGCGUUGGUUUUCAAUAUGGUUUGCCACGCGAGCUUCCCAAGGUUGUUGUCAAAGGUGGCCCAAGAGGUCCGAGUUCUUGAGAUGAACCUGUGGUCG